AUGGAUCGAAGGUAUCAGAAGGUUGGUCUGGGGGUGGGCGCGUUUCACAACCCCCCGAGAGCCAAAUAUAGCGACGACACCCGAAAUCUAAUUAAACUGUUAAUGGAGGAAUCUAAGUUAACAAUGUUGCAAAGGAAAACGAUCCAGGAGGCUGUAGACAAGGGUGAGUCGUUACCGCCGUCUGUCGAUCGAAGAAAGACCAAGGACACCGACAAUAAAACGAUCGAACAUUAUUGUGUUAAAACACCGAGUACUUGGAAGAGACGUUCGCAGGACACGAUUAUCAGCAGCGGCGCUUACGAGAGGGAGCAAUACAGGAGAACAGCGCCAUUACCCAACAAAGAUAAACAAAAGCGUCACUUGGCAUGCAUGAUGGCUUUUGGCAAAGAUAUGCCGGAGACUCCUCAUGGUCCCAAGAUCCUUCAUCGAGCUAAACGAGAACCACGGGUACCCGAGAACGUGAAUCCCCUAGAUGAGGUGAUAGAAUCGAUUCAAGAGAGAAUGGAGUUCUUGAACGACAUGGAAAGUCUUGGGAUGGGGAAGAAAUAUCGACCGAUAAUACAGCAGGAGAUAGCGCAGAAAAUACGACUGAUUGAGUCGAUGGAGAAGCAAAUGCCCGACGAAGCGCGAGAAAAGAUCUUGGGAUUCAAGUAUGAAAAACCACCGCCAAAACCAUUCCCUAUGGGAGACUUGGAUGAAAAUUAAUCUGCACGACUCACCGUCGUGAUUUCAUUGUGUAUGCUUGUUCAGUUUAAUAAUCUGCGGGUAAAUUUCAACGAGAAAACGUAAAACGUAUUCAAAUAUUACUCGGCAAGAAAAAUUAAUUUAU